AUGGAGGGGAGCGCCAGACAAGGCUGCGUCAUCAGCGCGCGAACGAAAUGGAGCAUCUUCGCACGACCGGCGUGGCUCAUCCUCACAUUGCUCACGCUCGCCCUCGUCGCGACGCCGGCCGCCGCCGUCCUGGUCGAGUUCGAAAACUGCCUCCCCGACUCGUACCGCUUGAACAAUCCUCCCCUGCUGCAGUGGGAGCCUCUAUAUGUCGACGCCUUCUUCGACACCAAGACGCCCAACAACAAUCUCCAUGUGACUGUAUGGGCGAAUGUUACGGGCUCGCAGAAUUCGGGGUCGCUUCCCCCGCCGAAUGACCCAUAUUGGACCGAUCCCAAGGAGACCAACGGCAAAAUCGAGCAGACGCCCUAUAUCGAUACUCUUGCUACCACGCUGAUCCGGAGAGUCAACGUCUUGACGUAUGAGCCGUGGAAUGACCGCUCCAAUUUCUGCACGACCAGUCUCGUUAAUGGGACAUGUCCGUUGGCACCGACGUUCGGUAAUGUCGACCUCCCCUAUGGACUUCCAUCAGUGAAUCUGUCCCAUGACUUUUUCUCUUCAUACGCGUUCAGCUCCUUCUCUCUUACUUUUCUCCUCAUCAAUGGCGACAAGGCCGCUACCAACAUUGGCUGCGUUUCUGCAGUCGUCACCCCCGACCUGGGUGGCCUCGCAUGGGUGCUCAAGUUCAUGCCCCUUCUGGUCCUGCUCUUUGCUGGCUUCGCGGUCCCGUUUGCGGGUAUAUGGAGCCCCUGGGGCACCACCGACGUCUUCCACUGGACAUCCAACUAUGGCCGAGACGCUGAUUUGCUAAGACUCGUUACUCCCGGGUUUGGUGACUGUCUGCAAUACAUUCAGUUCAUCGUCCUGACUGGUGCCUUGACGCUCGACUACCCCGGCUUCUUCCAACCUGUUGUGAGCCAAGUCGGGUGGUCAUCCCUCAUGUUCAACGAAAGCUUUGUCGCCCACGCCGACCCAUGGCACAAUGUGGUGGAUGGAAUCUACGUGACCAAAAACGGCACAGAAUUCGGGCUGCAGAAGAUGGCGCAGCUCAUUGGCAUGUCCGAGGCUGAAGAUGUGUGGCCGGGCAUGAUGGUGUGGCUCUGUGUCAUGAUUGCCUCCGUCAUCGUCCUCAUCCAGCUUGGCUUUGCCGCCCAGUGGAUCUUCCGCAAGAUCAGGAAGACUACCGAGGAGGACCUGCGGGCGAAGAAUAUCCCGUUUGUCAUUGGCAACGUGGUGCGCAUAGUCUUCAAUUUUAUGCUGACCCCAAUCGUGGCACUAUCAUGCUUCCAAUUUGUCGUCUCUGGCCAGUCGCCGGGUUGGACCGUUGCCUUGGCUGCGCUGACACUGGCCGUAGUUAUCGGCUUUGCGAGCUAUCUGCUUUGGUUCAUUAUCACUACGCGGCCUAAGUCGGCUCUGUUUGAUGAUUUGCCCACUGUCCUGCGGUACGGGCCCCUCUAUAACACAUACGCCGACGAGGUCGCUGCGUUUGCUCUUAUCCCGAUCCUGCUCAACGUCAUCAGAGGCGUUGCUAUCGGUGCCGUUCAGCCGAGCGGUGUUGCCCAAGUCGUGCUUUUGGCCAUUUGCGAGGUUAUCCAAAUUCUCAUGAUCUACGCAUUCCGGCCCUAUCAAAGGGCCACCUCGAUGAAUAUCUAUCACAGCCUUUUCGCAGUUUUACGGUUGAUGAUCAUCAUCCUCAUGGUUACUUUUGUACCCAGCUUGGGUGUUACCGAAGGCCCAAAGGGCUGGAUCGGAUAUGCUAUUUUGCUGCUUCAUGCCUGUGUGCUCGCCCUCGGCUUCUUCCUUGGUGCUGUGCAGACCAUCAUCGAAGUGAUUGCUAGAUUGUUCGGUGCUGGCGGAGACGAUGUCACUGGCUUGACUAGAGGUGGCCUCUCUAAGAUCUUUGGCAUGCGGCAACUGUCCAGGAGAGUCAACCAUCACAGCCAGGGACCAUCUCGGGCCAGCCAACUGUCCACCGCAGCCAUGCUGGAUGCCGAUGAUAGUGGCAAGUCUGGGUACGUGAUGCCAAGUGGUAGAGUCCGCAGCGGUUCCGUGGCCAGUCUUAGUGGUGUCAUUACCCACCACCGACACCGAAGCAGCUCGGCUCUUGACAGUAUGUAUUCGGCCGUCCACCGGAAUGCCGAUACUGCUAGUUCCUACAUACCGGGAACGCCGGGCGAGGCCAGCACCUUUUCAUUUCUUGCGUCGCCAUCUGCUGCUCGCCAGGGGCCGCCUGGUGUUGUCAUGGAAGCCUCUGAUCCAUACUACCGGCCUCCACGGCGGCGUCGUGAGAUGACUGGUGAUUCCGGACAGACCGACGGCCAGCGUGACUCGCUCGUCAUUGAGCCUGUUCCUCAGGCUGGAGGAUUGGCCCCUGAAUCUCCUGACGGGGUGGCAGAAAUUUCACGAGGAGCUACUCCGGCACCUGGACACGGCAAUAAUAAUCUUUCUAUAAGCAUCCCGGCGAACCGACCUGAUUACUCGACCCGCGAGGUCGACUUUUACUAUGGCGUUAGGGGUCCUGCGCUCAACUCAGAGGGCCCAGGUAGGAAGCUAGGAACUGGUCCUGCAGACCCGACCGGCCCAGCGGCGACGGCUGCUGGAUGGUUCCGCAGCCUGAUAUUUGGCGGCAAGACCAAGGAGAAGGGCAAGGGCUUUGAGGUUGUUAGAAGCGCCAGGAUGCCGCCAAACAUGGUUCGAAACGGAGGUUUUGGUGAUGAGACGCCGCCAGAGGGCAUUCCAGUCGCUAUGGGCGUUAUUAGAAACGGCCCUAUCGAUUCCGACGAUGACGAUGAGCCUCAAAUCCCGAGGCCGAAACGCCGCGAAGGCGAGCUGCUGACUGACAAUGGCGACCCGCAUGACUCUGAUGAGGAGCCUGAUAGCCCGGUUACGGAUAGACUCCCUAGGGGGCGGAUAUCUCAAUCCGCCACAGCUUUGGGUUCUAAGAGAGCCGAGGAUGGAUUGGAUAGCGAUGGUGUCAGUGAAGAGGACUUGUCUGAUGUUGACCUUGAUGCGCCAGUCAUUCCACGGAAGAGUUCUAAGAGACACUCGGCCCAGCUGGACCACAACAUCCAGAUCACGCCUCUUGUCACGAUAGAGUCUGAGUCGAUGCGUCCCGGUAGCCGCGAAUCGAUGCGGACGUUCCAGACCGAGUCGAGUGCACAGCACGGCGGUGUAUCGUUGCUGCCCCGACUCCCGUUUGAGCGGAGAGGCUCAGACCGACGGUCAGACCAACGACCGUCUUCAAAGUCGUCACUCGACUUUCCAGACCUAAGACACAUAGACUCGGCAGCACACGAUGACGAUGCGGCCGGAUUCGGGACAGUUUCUCAACAUAGUAUCAGUCGAAUUGAUCCGCAUCACGCUGACGAUGGCAUGCUCAGCACCGCUGCGUCUGUCGUAGACGAUGCACAUUCACAUUCUGGGAAAGAGGCUUGA